AUGGUAGCCCACAAAUUCACUAGGCCUGGCUCUCUUGACGGGUCGCUUGAACAAUCAAAAUUCGAAGGCAGCGAUAUGGAGCAAGCAUCUGCUCAAAGCGUCAAGGAAUCUUUUUCGCCUGCCCAACAGGAGCCUUUGGCGCAGGAUGGUGUCAUUCGGAAGCCCGGAAUUACGUUUGCUCAUCAAGACAAAUUACCAAAGCUGCCGAUACCGGAAUUGGAAAGCAGUCUGAAGAAGUAUCGAGAUGUAUUGCAACCACUACAGGGGGCAAGAGAGCAGGCAGAUACAGCUGCAGCGGUCGAAGAAUUCCUGAAGGCAGAGGGCCCUGAGCUGCAGUCAAGGUUGAAGAAGUAUGCAACGGGAAAAACUAGCUACAUUGAACAGUUUUGGUAUGAUUCGUAUCUCAAUUUCGACAAUUCCGUAGUCCUAAAUUUGAACCCUUUCUUCCUUCUAGAGGACGACCCUACGCCAGCUCGAAAUAACCAGGUCACUCGCGCAGCGUCCUUGAUUGUCUCUGCUCUCUGCUUCGUUCGUGCAGUUCGCAAGGAAGAGCUCCCGCCCGAUACGAUUCGAGGCCAGCCUCUAUGUAUGUAUCAAUUCUCCAGACUUUUCGGCACCGCACGUGUUCCGACCGAUAAUGGCUGCCAUAUCGCCCAAGAUGGCGGAUCGAAACAUGUGGUGAUGGCAUGCAAAGGUCAAUUCUACUGGUUCGACGUCCUGGAUGACAAUGCAGAUCUGAUCAUGUCAGAGAAAGAUCUAGCGAUCAAUCUUCAGGUUAUUAUUGACGAUGCCGAAAAGACCCCUACUCAAGAAGCUGCGCGGGGAGCGCUCGGAGUCUUGAGCACCGAGAAUCGAAAGAUCUGGGCUGGACUACGGGAUGUGCUCACUAGAGAUGGGGACUCCAACAAUGCCGAAUGUCUCAACACUGUCGAUUCUGCCAUUUUUAUUGUCUGCCUAGAUUACACGGAGCCAGCGUCGCCAGCAGAGCUCUGCGGAAACAUGCUAUGUGGCACGUCAGAAGUUGUCAAAGGUGUGCAAGUUGGGACUUGUACAAAUCGCUGGUAUGAUAAGAUGCAGAUCAUCGUCUGCAAAAAUGGGUCUGCAGGCAUCAAUUUCGAGCAUACAGGUGUUGAUGGCCAUACCGUACUUCGUUUUGCGUCUGACCUAUACACGGACACGAUUCUUCGCUUUGCUAGAUCUAUAAAUGGCCUUGCUCCGACCCUUUGGGCGUCUAACUCUCCCGAUCCCUCAAAACGAGAUCCUGAAUCUUUCGGAGAUGUUUCUACCACACCGCAUAAACUCGAAUGGGAUAUGUUGCCUGAAUUGUCCACUGCCUUGCGUUUUGCAGAAACCCGCCUCGCAGACCUUAUCCAGCAGAACGAAUUCCAGACUCUCGAAUUUGGAGGUUACGGGAAAAACUUCAUGACAUCUAUGGGGUUUUCACCGGAUGCCUUUGUGCAGAUGGCCUUUCAAGCCGCUUACUACGGCCUUUAUGGCCGCGUCGAGAACACGUACGAGCCAGCAAUGACAAAGGUCUUCCUUCAUGGACGCACUGAAGCUAUUCGUGCAAUCUCCCUUGAAUCUGCCGACUUCGUGCGCACCUUCUGGGCCGAGAAGUCACCAGCAGAAAAGAUUGAGAAGCUUCGCAAGGCCUGCGAUCAGCAUACCAAGCGCACCAAAGACUGUGCCAAGGCCCAAGGCCAGGACCGGCAUUUGUACGCUCUGUACUGCGUCUGGCAACGCGCUGUAGACGAAGAUGGCGCCGAAGCCGCAUCGAGCAACGGAUUUAGCAGUGACGGCUAUGCCAGCCCGACAGAAGACUCUACCUCAUCGCCAAAUCGUCGCCGCUCCCUUAGUAAAGGCUCGGACAACGAUGCCAACCCAAUCGAUAGCUCACGGAGCCCUUCGCGCCGCCAACAUCAGCCCUCCCAGGCAAUGCCCGCCCUUUUCGCCGACGCCGGUUGGGACAAAAUCAACAAUACCAUCCUAUCCACCUCCAACUGCGGCAACCCUGCACUACGCCAUUUCGGCUUCGGCCCCACUUCCGGAGAGGGUUUCGGUAUCGGCUACAUUAUCAAAGAUGACACUGUCAGUAUUUGCGCGAGCAGUAAGCAUCGGCAGACCAAGAGAUUUGUGGACGCUAUUGAGAGCUAUUUCCAGGAGAUUAGGAAGUUGCUGAGGGGAGGUGGGGGAGGGACGAAGAGUAAGCAUGCUAGUCGGGCGAGAGAGGCAGAGAGGGUUGAAGUGUUGGGAAGGAAGGGACGAGUGGUGGGGCAAGGAAAGGAAGUGGGAAGUCAGGAUCAUGGGGAUGAAGAGGUUGAGGAUGAUGAGGAUGGGCUGGGAGGUUAUGGUUUCUUCGAUGCUGGAAUGCUGCUACAGGCGCUCAAGGCAAACCAAGACGAGAAGGACCGGCCUAACGAGAACUCAUUUCCUCGGCGACCGACCGUGGGCAAGAAAUUGACUUUGCGAGAAUAUUGA